AUGGCGUCCACUAACACAGAUAUCGAGAUGAAGGACCAGGUCGAAGUGCCCGCAGCUACUGGUAUCAUGGACGCUGAGGCAGCCGCUCUAGCCCGCGAAAAAGGGUGGGCUGAACCUCAGCGUUAUGAUUAUGCCGCCUACACCACUCAACCUGGUGACCCGUCAUCUGAUGUGAACGAUUCUCAAUGGGCAUCCAAUGCUGUCAAGUACGAAUGGAAGGAUGAAUAUGGCGAUGUUGGGCCGCGAAACGAAGAACUCGAACAAAUACUGUUUCGCGACGAGUAUACUAAUCGUGCUGGUUGCUUUUUCAAAAAUCUUCGUGAUAUUAAGGUGACUGCUGAGACAACACACCAGCCAGAUCCUAUUAAGAGCUUUGAUGAUGCUGGACUUCACCCAGUUUUGCUUGAAAAUGUGAAAAUGUGUGGCUAUGAGGUCCCCACGCCAGUUCAGGCCUAUGCAAUUCCGGCAGUGCUGACUGGAUAUGAUCUGAUAUCUGUUGCACAAACUGGUUCUGGCAAAACAGCCGCAUUUUUGAUUCCGGUCCUCUCCAAGUUAAUGGGGAAGGCAAAGAAGCUUGCAGCUGCUCGCCCAGAUCUGAGCAAUGGAUUUAAUGAAAGUGUUGAUUCCGUUCGUGCGGAACCUUUGGUUCUGAUCGUUGCUCCAACACGAGAGUUAGCAACCCAAAUUUUUGAUGAAGCUCGCCGACUCUGUUACCGUUCUAUGCUUCGUCCUUGCGUUAUUUACGGUGGAGCGCCAACUCGUGAGCAGCGGAUUGAUUUGCAUAAAGGCUGCGAUAUCCUCAUUGGAACUCCAGGAAGAAUCUUGGAUUUUAUGAGCAAACCACAUCUACUGUCACUCAACAGGGUGAAAUACACUAUCAUUGACGAAGCGGAUGAGCUGCUUCAUUCUGACUGGGAGACCGAAUUUACUAAAUUAAUGUCUGGAGGCGAUAUUAACGAGGAUGCGGACCAUCGGUACAUGAUGUUUUCUGCAACAUUCAACAAAUCGUGCCGUCAGCUUGCCCGACGGUAUCUUUCUACUGACCACGUUCGCAUUCGUGUCGGCCGUGCGGGCUCAUCUCACUUAAAUGUAACCCAGCAGGUCAUAUACACCGAGGAUGAUAAGAAAAAGAAAGCGUUGUACGACUUGAUUUUGUCUAUGCCACCAUCUCGGACUCUGGUUUUUGUCAACAAUAAACAGCAGGCAGAUUUACUGGACGACUAUUUAUUCAAUCUGGCGUUGCCAAGUACUUCCAUUCACUCUGAUCGCACCCAGCGUGAGCGUGAGGAUGCAAUCCGUGCGUUCAGAACCGGGGUGUGUCCAAUUAUGGUCGCAACCGGAGUUUCUGCCCGCGGACUGGAUAUCCGUAAUGUUAUGCACGUAAUCAACUUCGAUUUACCAAGUGUUGAUCAUGGUGGUAUCGAUGAGUAUAUUCAUCGUAUUGGACGGACCGCAAGAAUUGGGAACGAAGGUCUCGCAACUUCGUUCUAUAGCGAAGAUCGAAACUCUGCCAUUGCUACUGACCUAGUGAAAAUUCUUAUUGAAUGCAAACAAACCGUGCCCGAUUUCCUCGAAUCUUAUGUGCCGGUCAAUGGAGAACUGGAGUGGAAUGAUGAUACUGACGGAGAGGGGGAUGAUACGGAACCCGCAGGUGAAGCUUGGGGGGAGGGUGCCCAGGCUGUCGAUGGAUGGGGCGAUACUACUGCACCCGCUGCAGAGCCAGCACCGGCAGCAGCAGCAGCAGCUUGGAAUCCCCAGGCCGUUGCCUCUUGGUAA